AGAAGAGAGUGUGAUAGAGACAGAGUGAGACAGAGAGUGCAAGGAGGGAGAGUGAGAGAAAGAGAGAGACUGUGUGUGUGUGUGUGUUUGUGUGUGUGUUUUUGUUUGUGUGUGUCUGUUCGUUCCAUAUCCUGAUUCCUCACCCACUAAGGGAUUGCCUUGUUUUUCGCAUCUUCGAGAAGCUCUCAGAGGAAUUCCCUCGGCUUCAACAUGGGGAAGAAAACUCAGAUAUUGCCCCACGACUUGGUCCCGGAGGAGAAGAGCUUUUUCCAGAAGGCCAAAUCCCUUUUCCCAGGUCCCCCUCAUCGGGUUACUCCCUGCUCCUCAAGCAGUGAUGAGCAAGUGCUGGAUGUGGAGGGCCAGAACGGCAUCCCGGCUGCCGCCUCAGCAAGGCAGGAGGAGGAGGUAGCGGGCCCAUCCUGGGGGCCAAGUUCAGCUUUGGCGGCUCCUUCUAGUUCGCUGUUAGUUCCCCUGGUUCUGGAGGAACUAUUCCCUCCUGGUUUGCCCAGGGUCCUUGAGAAAGCCAUGCAGGCCUGGGCUGACAAGAGCGACAGGGACACAAGAUCCGAGACAUCCUCCUCCGAGAUCACCUCGGAAUCAUCCUCCAAAUGGGACCAAGGGGACGAGUCUGAAGCCGAGGAAGAACAAACCCGAGUCAUCGAGAUCAAAAGGACCGUUGGUGAUCCAAGCAGCAAGAAAGUGCAUCCAGCCCCUCCCACAGAAUGCACCACGUGCCAGGAAAUGCCCCACGAGCCCUCCUUCAAUUGGCCCCUAGCAAAAGAUGCUCAAGGCCAACAAGAGAGCCCAGCCUCUUCCCCCGCCAAAGGCAGGCAAGGGCUCUGGAAAAGGAGAGGCAAAGUCCAGCCAGCCUUGGAUGCCAAGUCCAAAACAACUCCGAGGACGGACCGUGAGCAAUCCUCUUCAAGCGCCCAGAGACAAGGCCCAGAGACAAACCGAGGUCGCUUUCCGGUCUUUUGGAGACAUUUAUUCUCUGGAGGACGACAGCAAGGGACCAAAAUGAAAUCAUUACAAUUCUUUUACCCACUUAACCACAUUUCUCAGGUUGUGGAAGAAAAAAUCCAAUCCCGAGGCAAAAAACCAGGACAAAGGAAAGAAGCAGGAAUCUGUGUGCGACCCCCCGGCUCAAAGGGGCUAGUUGGAGGCAUCUCCAGAUGCCCACAGAAAGCAUGGAUUCAGUCCUUGCAAGGAAAGGUGCCAGCACCCCAAGGGAGCAGCCUGGUGUGA